AUUUGUUUAUAUCCCUCAUUUUUCGAUCCACUCUACGGAAGCUCCUGAGGGACAUUUUAACAGUUCUGCAGAAAGUUCUGACAGUUGCAGAGGUUCAUGCUAGCUCAUAAAGUUUCUGUUGUCUUCCUGAAUAUCAUCCACUCAUGUUGACUGGAUGCAGGAAUCUCUUUCUAACUUUUGCAUCACUCGUAAAUAGAAGAACUUGGACUUGUAAAAGUUUCAAGUCUAAAAGUGACCUCCACUUCUGCGCCUCAGCAGCCUCAUUUUUUCCCGCUUCUGUCCCCUCAUCUCCUCGACACCGAACCGUCAACAGCUCAUCCUUUCUGCAUCAUCGUCUCUCCUUCACCUUCCGGCCUCCUCACCGCUACACCGGCCCGAUGGAGCUAAAGGAGACGUUGCAGGUUCUGGAGCAGCUUGCUCCUCUCUCUCUUGCUGAAUCGUGGGAUAACGUCGGCUUGCUGGUCGAGCCGAGCAAACCUCGACCGGUCAAAACCAUCCUGCUGACCAACGACCUCACGGACGCUGUCAUGGAGGAAGCAGAGGCUCUGAACUGUGACCUCAUCAUUUCCUAUCACCCGCCGUUGUUCCGUCCCAUUAAGCGGCUGAAUCAGAAAGAUUGGAAGCAGCGAUUGGCUGUCCGGGCCGUAGAGGCUGGGAUGGCGGUUUUCUCCCCUCACACGUCAUGGGACAGUGUUAAAGGAGGGGUAAAUGACUGGCUGGUUGCAGGCCUGGGCGGCGGCCAAGUAUCUGUGCUGAGUCAGGCUCUCGGUAAUGCCUCCCACUGUCAUAGACUUGAGUUCACGGCGAGGAGCACAGAAGAACUGAACAAAGUGAUGGAGGAACUGAAGGCCUGUGAUGGAGGAACGUCCCUAAUCUCUGCAGGAAGCAGAGCAGACAGCAGUGGCAUCCACGCCAGCGUAUCAUGCAGCGACUCAGCACUGACUCCCAGCGUCCAAACUCUGCUGCAGCACAGCUCACCCAACCAGUCCCUCAGCAUCCUGAAGUUAGAGAAGCCGCCUCUGCCGGGCCACGGCCAAGGUCGACUGAGCGUUUUGGAGCAGCCAGUGACCGUGGCUGAAGCCGUCCAGAAGAUGAAGUCCCACCUGGGGUUGAGUCAUCUCCGAUUAGCCCUGGGAUGGGGGCAAACGCUAGAGUCGUCUGUGCGCACGGUGGCUGCGUGUGCCGGCUCUGGAGCUUCAGUGCUCAGUGGAGUUGAGGCCGAUCUUUAUAUCACAGGGGAGAUGUCCCAUCAUGAAGUGCUGGACGCAGCAGCAAAGGGAACCAGCGUCCUCCUCAGCGACCACAGCAACAGCGAGCGCGGGUUCCUGGCCGUGUUCAGGGAGCGGCUGGCCGUGCGUCUUCCUGACAGCGUGACCGUCGUGGUGUCGAAGGCGGAUAGAGACCCCCUGGAGGUGGUCUGAUAGCUGCGCCGGGGUUCUUUUCUCACUAUUUGAAUCAAAUAAAUAUUUAAAAAAGAAAAAAACAUUUUUUUAAAUGUUUGUCUGAUUGAGCUUCAAUAAAAAUGCAUUCAAGCUUGUGCGCACAAAUGGAAUGUCACGAGAUGAAAGCUGAAGGUGAAGGAUUUAAUCUGUGUAUUCUGUACAUGAGUGACACAUAUUGUGUUUUAAUCCCACUGCGGUCUGAGCCUUUAGGCCUGAAAUUAAUUUAAGGAUCAACAUGUAUGUGCUUCCUAAAGGAAGUAGUUACAUGGAGUACUGUAAAAAAAAAA